AUGGCCGCCAGGAUUUUGACCCAAACGCUCGGCUUUUUCCUCCUCUUUGCGGCCGCAUUUGCAUCAAUGGUCCCCACACCGUGGAUCAGCUUCGCAUACGCCACAACGAAAAAAUCGUUCCUGAUGAUGGCCGUGCCGGAGGAAGGCGAUUUUUGCUAUCAGGUUGAACGGCCAACAUUCGACAACGCGACGAUCCGGAAUGCUUUC